UCCGAGGCGGCCCUGAAGGCAGCAGCAGCCCACAUAAUGCUCGUGUGGAGCAGCAGGAACAGAAGGCCAGCCUGCACGGCUCCUCGGAGGCGGAUAAUCCUCAUCUGCACACCAAGUCCUCCCUCAGUCAGGAAGGAAUCGCUGGAACUCACCUCCAGGGAGACACGUUUCGGAAGCAAAUGCGAGAAACGAGCAAGAAGCGCGCCUCUGAGAGAAGCUCGGAUCAGUAGAGAAAUGGAUGUUGGCGCGUCACAUUGUGUUUAUUGUGUAAAUAGCAGAAUCUGAUAAGCCGAUUCUCUAUAAUGUGACAGCAGCUGUCGCAUUUCGUGUAACUGGGAGAAACUAUUGAAGCAUCCUUCUUGCGUGAUUUUUUUUUCAAAAUUAUUGUUAUUCCAGCACAAUGAUGACCUACAAUCUGGUUUUAACUUUCAUUGCUGCGACUCUUUGGCGGGUCAGUGGCGAACCGCUCACUAUUCCAUCUGCGACGCAAUUAAAUUCAACAUCAUCCUCCAUCAUCAGCCACGAUGAACUGACACAUAAUGUGACAGAUUCUGCCGUGGGAUCCCGGAUUUCAUCUCUGAUGACGCAUCUUCCAACUCUGAAAAACAUUGUUAUUUUCAUCUGCGUGCUAACAGCUGCUGUCAUCACAUGCCUGGUCAUCAAAGUGGUCAGAUCUGGCAGACGAAUCAGGAAAACACGGAAAUAUGAUAUAAUAACGACACCUGCAGAGCGAGUGGAGAUGGCGCCUCUUAAUGAGGAGAACGACGACGAGGAUGACUCAACCCUCUUUGAUGUCAAAUACAGGUGAAUGCCAGCUUGGACAUCAAUAUUUGAUGACUCCAGUUUUGCCCGAGACAACUCAAGUGGCUUCCUGUGCUUUUGUGUUGCCAAGUCUCACCAUAUCAGCAACUUGUGCUGCUUGUGCAUGGCGUCUAUCUGUGUUUUAAAUGAAAGCUGCAGUACGGAUAUCAUUGUUUGCUGCUUUGCUGAUGCUUCUAUCAUGUGGCCCCAGAAAUGUACCCAAUUACUUUUAAUAAUAGAGAUGAGGAGCCUUCAUGAAUUCACUCAACAGUCAGACUUGUCAGUAGUUUAAACUUCUCCAUAACAGUUGAUUAUAUGGAAAUCCAAUUUUCUGUUUUUAAAUCAUUUAAAGAUAUUUUCUACACACUGAGGAGUUUAUAACUAAUGUCAUAGUUUGGAUAUGUUUUAUUAUAAUGCAGGGUUAAUCACACUUAAUGAUUUAAGUAAAUAUGUAAUCUUUAAAUUACUGCUUGGUGGCACUGCAGACCAUCAUUUGCAUAAUAUGCUCAUAAACAACAGGUAUUUUGCAGAGAAUCCUUUUUUCAACUGUAAUAUAUGCAGACAAUACACAAUCAAACAAGUAAAAUACAGUAAUUGAUUUUUUUUUUUAACUAAACCAAAUAUUAUCUCUAUCCACUAACCACUUUAUUGUGCAUAUAUACUGUUAAAGGUUUCGCGUCCUUACUUAUGAAGUGAGCGUAUAUUUUUUUACAGUCUCAUUUCGCUGCUAUUUCAGCCGGGGUUUUCCAAUCUGACUAAAAGCUCAGAGAUUAUUGUCUGGAUAUAUUUGUAAGAUAUUUAUAGAAUACAUCACUUUACUAUGAAUGUGAAUGCUGUAAUCUAUCAUGGUCACGUGUGUCGAAUCACAUGACAGUUUCAUUUAAUCAAGUAACCACUAAAGUAUCAACAGCAGGUUUAAUAACAGUAGUAUUUAGUUUUUAUAACAGUAUAAUUUCUCAACUAAAAAUGAUCAUCAAAAAUUCAUUCUUUGUAUGAUAGUAAAUGAACCAUUAUGUAGUGUCCCACUAUAACAUCCAUUAAUGGCUAUUGAUUCUUCUCAUAAAAUGUGAUUUGCUUGGAUCCCAGUGUAUUAAGUGUACUAUUUUAGAUGCAGUGGUGUGUGCAGAAAGACAAACCAGUACAAACUGCCAUAUAUAAUAUCACAGUGUAUAUUGUGGAAAUAUUUUCACAGUUAAAUUUAAAGAAGUUGAUCCUUUACAUUAGUAUUAAAUCACUGUUAAAACAUGAAGAACCAUUUGUCAUACAUGUUUAAUUCAGAUACUAAAUACACAACAACCUACCAGAACUCUCAAUAAAAGGAGCAGCAGAAGAAUUUACAAGCCUUCUGUGUCUCCGUCUGCACAAUAACUGUAAUUAGACUGUUUGAAGACCAAGGCAGAAUAGACACAGAUUAGGUUUCUGCAGCGAAUGUGAGUGUGGUCGUUGCAGGUGACCUUCUGUUUUAAUCCAAACUGUCAUUCGAUAGCGCACCAAGACCUACAGGUGCAGCUGUCUGCCCCAUUUAAUAAGAAAAUAAGCAACUGCAGUGACCAAUCUUGUGCAAUCUGUUCAGCUCUAUUUGUCUUUUUUUUUUUUAGAAGGAAUAUAGUGCUUUUUUUCUUUGUUCAAACCAAAGUUAUUGACUUUUUCAGAGGACUGAAUAUGUUUAUUGUCACUGUUUAAUACAAAGGAGGACGUAGGGGUAAGUGUGAAUGUCUGACAAUAUUAUCCGUAGAAUCAUAUGUAAAACUUUAAACAUAUUUUUGAUAUAAUGUCUUUAUCUUAAGCAGACUGUUGGUUAUUUCAUGUGUACUCCGUCAGACUAUAUGUCCACUGCUUAUUUCAGUAUUGACGUGUUUUUUUGGUCUUUCACUGUAUGUACAGAAGACUGCAGAUCAUUUUUUUUUAAUGUCACCUAUGUUAAUGACGCAUAUUUUAUUUUCAGUUGUGCGUUAAAUUGUGGAAAAAACCCAGCGCAUAUAAAAGUGCUAAUUGUGGACUUUUAUUAGAACAAAAUCAUCCGCUACAGAAAGUUACUCUUGUAAAAUACAUCAAAGUCAUUGUGGUAGCUGUGAAGACUGUAGCUAAUUUCCCUAAUGCCACAUUUAAACCAAAAAAACACUGAAUGUUCAAACUGUUGUGGAAGUCGAUGGAAAACAAGUCUCUGCUUGGUUUCUGACACAGAUGUUAUGUGUACCCAUGGCUGUUUCCUCAGUUUCCAUUUCUUUGAAACACUACUGAAAUAAAACCGCUUCCUUUGAAGUGUUAAAUCAUUUUAA